GCAGCGUAAUGGUUGAUUGUUUUUAAAUGGACCAUCUGCACGAGACAUUUGAGCACAUGGGACGUUCUUCCCUUAACCGUCAACCUCUGUGUCAACCUUAUAAGAGCCAACACUGAAACAAAUCAAGCUUCACUAGCUCUGGAGGGAAAUUACAUUGCAGCAGCACACAACAAAUAUGAUAUAUAAAGAAACAAAUGAAACAGAACAGAAAUGAAUUUGAAUGUUAAGGCACCGGGUGUGAUUAUCAUUAUUAUCAAACUUCUUCUGUUACGCAUUGCCUCAGGCGAGAAGGACGGAAUGAACCAGAUGUUUAGCAGAGGACUUCGACUUGUUGUGGAGGUUCCACAUGUCCAUGUUGAACGCCCGGUGACUCCGCAGGUGCAUGUUCUAAUUCCUGUUGGAGUUCAGAAGCAGCGCUCAGAGAGAGUGACACUUGCGUGUGUUAUCACUGGGUUACAGUCUAAAACGGUGAGAAUCACAUGGAAGGUGAAUGGAGCAACAGGCCUCAAAACAUAUGGCAGCUCUCCACAAGUGCACAGAGAGCCUGGAGGUACAUUCUCUGCUGUGGGACUGUACUCAGUUCUUGCUCAUAAAUGGAGUCGUAAGAAUACGUACAGGUGUGAGGUGACAUACAAAGGACCAUUUUACUAUGAUAAGGUAGAGUCGUCUCUCUGCAUUCCUCCUGAGGAACUGUAAUUGUGUCCUGUGUUAGAGACUGUAAAUAGCAUGAGAUCCAUCUGCAUAUUUCACUGAAACAUCAAAAGGCAAUCAUUUUUCUAAUAAAAUUGUUGCAGUAUUUUCAUUGCAUUUUGCUGCCAAAUUCUCAGUAUAGCUGAUGCAUUAGGAUGUUUUACUUUUUAAAAUGAUGAUUCUCUUUAAUUGAAUCAUCAUAAAUUAAAGGCAGUAAAACAAAAUACUACAAUGAUUAUAUAAACAUAUAAUGGUUCCAAAAUAGUCUUUGUUUUCUUUAAACAUAAUAAUAAUAAUAAUAAUAAUAAUAUUUCAUUUAAAUUGGCAUGUAAACUGUAUAUACUUUUUGUUGUUUGUUUUGUUUUCUUUGGAUAGUUAUAGACAUAUUUUUCUGCUUUUAUAAUGCAAACAAAAUAUGGUUUAUGGUUUAUAUUGGUGUUGUUGUUGUUGUUUCCUUUAAAUUGCCCUGAAAACUGAUGUAUAUACUGUUUUGUUUUGUUUUGUUUUGUUUUGUUUUGUUUUGUUUUGUUUUGUUUUGUUUUGUUUUGUUUUGUGUUUUGCUUUGCUUUGUUUUGCACAUUUUCUUUGGUUAGCUACACACAUUUUUCUACUUUUAGAAUGCAAACAAAAUAUGGUUUAUUAUAAAAUAAAAAUUAAUUUUCUUUAAGCAAAUUAGUAUUAUUAUUAUUAUUAUUAUUAUAUUAGUGUUGUUGUAGUUUACUUUAAAUUGCCAUUAAAACGGAUGUAUACACUGUUUUGUUUUGUUUUGUUUUGUUUUGUUUUGUUUUGUUUUGUUUUGUUUUGUUUUGUUUUGUUUUGUUUUGUUUUGUUUUGCACCUUUUCUUUGGUUAGCUAGACACAUUUUUCUGCUUUUAUAAUGCAAACAAAAUAUGGUUUAUUAUAAAAUAAAAAUUCAUUUUCUUUAAGCAAAUUAUUAUUAUUAUUAUUAUUAUUAUUUCAUUUAAAUUGCCAUGUAAACUGUAUAUACUUUUUGUUGUUUGUUUUGUUUUCUUUGGAUAGCUAUAGACAUAUUUUUCUGCUUUUAUAAUGCAAACAAAAUAUGGUUUAUGGUUUAUACUGGUGUUGUUGUUGUUGUUUCCUUUAAAUUGCCCUGAAAACUGAUGUAUAUACUGUUUUGUUUUGUUUUGUUUUGUUUUGUUUUGUUUUGUUUUGUUUUGCUUUGCUUUGUUUUGCACAUUUUCUUUGGUUAGCUAGACACAUUUUUCUGCUUUUAUAAUGCAAACAAAAUAUGGUUUAUUAUAAAAUAAAAAUUCAUUUUCUUUAAGCAAAUUACUAUUAUUAUUAUUAUUAUUAUAUUAGUUUUGUUGUUGUUUCCUUUAAAUUGCCAUUAAAAUUGAUGUAUAUACUAUUUUGUUUUGUUUUGUUUUGUUUUUUGUUUUGUUUUGUUUUGUUUUGCCCCUUUUUUUUGGUUAGCUACACACAUUUUUCUGCUUUUAUAAUGCAAACUAAAUAUGGUUUAUUAUAAAAUAAAAAUUCAUUU